AUUGAAACAUUCUCGUCAAUCGAAAAUCCGACCCGCCUUCGAUGUCGCUUCCCCCAGACAACACGCACGCUCUGUUCUACUCUCUCUCUCUCUCUAACUCGUGCGUUGACUGACGACUUCUCCAAGAACCUCUGCGCGAGCGCUGCAGAGAGAGAGAGAGAGAGAGAGAGAGAGAGGGGUGUCAGCAAUGGCGUCGAGUUCGUCGAAGAACCACGUGCUGCCGGUGUCGGAUCCCCCGCCGGCGCGCGACGAGGAGAGGGAGCGGCUCCUCAAGCUCGACGACAAGCUCUUCGUGGGAUCGACCAUGACCAGGCGGGGCGCCUACGCCGCCGUCUCCUACAUGACCUGCGCAGUGCUCUUGGUGAUGUUUAACAAAGCAGCUCUUUCUUCCUAUAAAUUCCCAUCUGCAAAUGUCAUUACUCUGUUACAGAUGAUAUGUUCCUGUUCUUUUCUCUAUGCAAUGAGAAAGAGGAAGAUAAUCAACUUUACAGUAGGUGAAUCUUCGUUUGGUUCAGAUAAUACCAAAUUGCUUGUGCCAUUGAGGACAUUGGUUCAUACUCUUCCUCUUUCACUUGCCUAUUUGUUGUACAUGCUAGCCACUAUGGAGUCUGUUCGUGGAGUAAAUGUCCCAAUGUACACCACCCUUAGGCGGACGACGAUAGUAUUUACAAUGGUAGCAGAGUGGAUUCUGGCAGGUCAGAAGUAUUCAUCUUCUAUCAUUGGAAGUGUUGGAUUGAUUAUUCUUGGUGCAUUUGUCGCUGGAGCAAGGGACUUGUCAUUUGACUUUCAUGGCUACUUUGUUGUCUUCUUGUCCAACAUUACCACAGCAAUAUAUCUUGCAACAAUAGCUCGUAUCGGGAAAUCAAGUGGGCUGAAUAGCUUUGGCUUAAUGUGGUGCAAUGGGAUUAUAUGUGGACCAAUUCUACUGUUCUGGACAUAUGUCACGGGGGACAUAGCAACGGCAUUGGAUUUUCAGUAUCUUUUCUCACCUGGUUUCAUGGUUAUCUUGCUUUUCUCCUGCAUAUUGGCUUUCUUUCUGAAUUACUGUAUAUUCCUAAACACAACCCUCAAUUCAGCAGUAACGCAGACCAUCUGUGGAAAUCUAAAGGAUUUUUUCACCAUUGGACUUGGCUGGAUUAUUUUUGGUGGGCUUCCAUUUGAUAUUUUGAAUGUUGUUGGGCAAUUUCUUGGUUUUCUCGGCUCUGGCUUGUAUGCAUACUACAAGCUCAUGGGGAAGUGACAGCUUCAAGCUUUUCAGCCUCCUUGUUCUGGGAUAAUGAGCGCUAGUAUCAUUCCAAGGAAUCAAUUGAAGAUGGUUUAAAGCAAACUCCAACCAAAGGAAUUUUCUAACUACAGAGAAGCUGCUACUCCGACUUUUCAAUAAUAUUCAAGAUAGAAAAGCUUUCUGAGGAGCUUGACAGCCAUUUAACGGCCUUGGAACUCUGCUAUAUCAUCCUGCUUUCCUACCCAAUCAAGACGAGCGUUUAGCAAGCCUUUAGAAGGAGAGAAGCAACUUGUCUGAGCUGCUGAACUUAUAACUCGUUGGUUCUUUGGAAGUUUUUAUCGAUACGCAGUUUCCAAGUUUGCCGAUUUUAUAAUAGUAGAGGAAACGGCAGCAAUUUUCAUGCUCUUUUUGGUAGCGACAGCAUUAUUUGUUGAUAUGUUAUCUGAGUCCUCUAUAUUUGCUUUUACAAGUGAAAAUUGAUAUAGCUACGGCAAGUAAUUGGUCAUUUACCUACUAA